CCUGGCCUCUCGGGCUUCCCGGGUCCCGUGGGGGUGGCGGACUGUUGCAGUGGGUGUUAGCCUUCUUGGGCAGGCUGAGCAGGAUCUUUGCUGUGCCCCACGCGCCGACCCCAGGGUGCGGCCCUGGGCACAGGCCCGGGCUGCGGGGCUGGGGACUGGGAAUCAGGUUGGUGGCCGGGCUGGAAGCUGGCAGCCGGGGGCCAGACUGCAGCCCACUCUGUACGUUUGGGCCGAAAGUUCAGAUCCCUUCCCAGCGCAGAGCUGACCGGGGAAACAGAGUAGAAGCUGCAUAAUUGCUGCACCGAAAAGGCGGUGGAAGGGGGAGCCAGGCUGCGUGCCUCGUCUUAGAACCAUCGCACCAAACCGCUGCUCCCACUCCGCAGCGCAUCCGUGGCCGCGGGGCGGCAGCUCCAGGUCGGCGGCGGGUUCCUGUGCUGCUCUGCGCUUGUGGGGAGCAGCCGGAGGUUCGGAGGGGCGGGCGCGGGCCUAGGAGGCCCAAGGGCAGCGGAGUAGGUGGUCCCCUCCUGCUCCGCCUGGGCACAGCGAUCUGGACACGUCGAACACAGCCAUGUUUUCUGAGCAGGCUGCUCAGAGGGCACACACACUGCUAUCCCCACCAGCAGUCACCAGUGCCACCUUUGCCCGCGUGCCUGUGGCAAUGUACACCAACACCUCACAGCCUUUUCGUCUGGGGGAGCGCAGCUUUAGUCGGCAGUAUGCCCACAUUUAUGCCACCCGCCUGGUCCAGAUGAGGCCGUUUCUGGUGAGCCAGGCCCAGCGGCAUUGGGGCAGUGGAGUCCAAAUAAGGCAGCUGUGUGAGCUGCAGCCAGGGGAGAAGUGCUGUGUGGUGGGGACCCUCUUCAAGGCCAUGCCACUCCAACCCUCCAUCCUGCGGGAGGUCAGCGAGGAGCACAACCUGCUUCCCCAGCCCCCUCGAAGCAAAUACAUCCACCCCGACGAUGAGCUGGUCUUGGAGGAUGAAUUGCAGCGCAUCAAACUGGAAGGCACCAUUGAUGUGUCACAGCUGGUCACAGGGACGGUCCUGGCUGUGCUCGGCUCAGUGCGGGAGGAUGGGAAGUUCCAGGUGGAGGACCACUGCUUCGCUGGGCUUGCCCUUCAGCAGCCCACACCUGCCCUGGACACAGACAGGUUCGUACUGCUGGUGUCUGGCCUGGGCCUGGGCAGCGGCGGGGGUGAGAGCCUGCUGGGCACCCAGCUGCUGGUGGACAUGAUGACAGGGCAGCUUGGGGAUGAAGGGGAGCAGUGCAGUGCCGCCCACAUCUCCCGGGUCAUCCUUGCUGGAAACCUUCUCAGCCACAGCACCCAGGGCAGAGACUCCAUUAACAAGGCCAAGUACCUAACCAAGAAAACCCAGGCAGCCAGUGUGGAGGCCGUCAAGAUGCUGGACGAGAUCCUCCUGCAGCUGAGCGCCUCAGUGCCCGUGGAUGUGAUGCCAGGCGAAUUUGACCCGACCAAUUACACACUCCCCCAGCAGCCACUGCACCCUUGCAUGUUCCCACUGGCCACUGCCUACUCCACGCUGCAGCUGGUUACCAACCCCUACCAGGCCACCAUCGAUGGAGUCAGAUUCCUGGGCACGUCAGGACAGAACGUGAGGGACAUUUUCCGGUACAGCAGCAUGGAGGAUCACGUGGAGAUCCUGGAGUGGACCCUGCGAGUCCGCCACCUCAGCCCCACAGCCCCCGACACUCUAGGUUGUUACCCAUUCUACAAAAUCGACCCGUUCAUCCUCCUGGAAUGCCCUCACGUCUACUUCUGUGGUAACACCCCCAGCUUUGGCUCCAGAAUCUUCCAAGGCCCUGAGGGCCAAAGGGUGCUCUUGGUGGCUGUCCCAGACUUCAGUACCACACAGACCGCCUGCCUUGUGAACCUACGCAGCCUGGCCUGCCAGCCCAUCAGCUUCUCGGGCUUUGGGGCAGAGGAGGAGGACUUGGAGGGCUUCAGUCUGGGCCCCUGACUCGCAAGGCUGCCUUGUCCAGAGGUCCAGCCGUUCAUCCCCUGCAAUGGCACCCUUGCAGCAUUAGCUUUAUAAUAAAAACCUGACUAGCCACUGG